AUGUGCCGCAAAAACAUGUCAGCCCCGCUGCCCGCCUGGGUGCCCGCCACCCGCAAGGCCACAGUGGCAGUUAUCUUUCUUCACAGAUUGGGAGACACAGGGCCUGGAUGGGCAGAAGCCUUCAGAGGUAUCAGAAGUUCACAUAGCAAAUAUAUCUGCCUGCAUGCACCGGUUACGCCUGUUACAUUAAAUGUGAACAUGAGUAUGCCUUCUUGGUUUGAUAUUACUGGGCUUUCCCCCCAUUCACAGGAAGAUGAACCUGGAAUCAAGCAGGCAGCAGAAAAUGUCAAAUCUUUGAUAGGCCAAGAGGGGAAGAAUGGAAUUCUUUCUAACAGGAUUAUUUGGGGAGGAUUUUCCCAAGGAGGAGGUCCUAUCAGCGGCGCUAACAAAGACAUGUCUAUCCUCCAGUGCCAUGGAAAUUGUGACCCUUUAGUUCCCUUAAUGUUUGGUUCUCUUACUGCUGAAAAGCUAAAAACACUGGUAAAUCCAGCCAAUGUAACCUUCAAAAACUGCUUGAUGCACAGUUCACAUCACCAGGAAAUGAUGGAUAUCUACCAUCAGUUGAUUGACAUCACUGAGGCCUUGGAUAGAACUACACUAGCAUCAUGUAGUAGAGAAGAAACUGAAAUGUGA